CUUCCACUGGCCGCGAUUGCUGUCACUGAAGCACUGUAUGCAGUCCUUUCGUAUGAUCUCAUCUCAUAGGUUCUGAGGCCUUCAAUCAUACUACUUUCUUGAUAUUCAGAAUAGACGGCUCCAGAGUCGCCCGAAUAGCGCUAUGGCGCCUUCCGAGCAGCCUCUUCUAGCUGCAGACCGGCCUUCAAGCCAGCACUCUGACGACCGUGACAUUGCUGAAGAGGACGCUCUCCUCACCGGAGAACGUACCGAACGCAGAAAUGGACCCAAGUCACGAUGGGCUGUCUGGAGAGAGGUUGGUCUUUUUGCCUGGGCUCUUCUAGCGACGGCGGUGGUGAUCAUCUUAGCUGUCGUGUACCAACAUGAGCAAGCCUCACACCAUCGACCGAGCGCUGGUCCGAAACCUAGUGGGAAGAGGAACAUGAUAUUCAUGGUCUCUGACGGCAUGGGUCCAACAAGUCUCUCUAUGACCAGAUCAUUUCGACAAUACGAAUCGGGUUUGCCCAUCGACGACAUUCUCAUGCUCGACCAACACCUCAUUGGCAGCUCCCGGACAAGAUCAAGUUCAAGUCUUGUCACCGAUUCUGCUGCCGGAGCCACGGCAUUCUCUUGCGGCCUGAAGAGCUAUAACGGCGCUAUCUCAAUAUUACCUGACCAUUCACCAUGUGGUACUGUGCUAGAGGCCGCAAAGAGAGCAGGCUAUAUGACUGGGUUGGUGGUCACUACGAGGCUGACAGAUGCGACACCGGCAUGCUUCGCCGCUCACGUCAACAUGCGUGGCGAAGAAGACCGUAUUGCUGAACAAGAAGUCGGGUACUAUCCUUUGGGAAGAAUGGUCGAUUUGAUGCUCGGUGGUGGACGGUGUCAUUUCUUGCCAAACACCACCGACGGUUCGUGCAGGAAAGAUGGCAAGGAUGUCGUCGAGAUGGCUAAGGAAAACGGCUUCAACUAUGUUUCCGAUCGCACAGGCUUUGAUGGCUUGAACCUUGGCAGCUCAGUGAAGCUUCCUCUGCUUGGACUCUUCGCUGAUACUGACAUCCCUUACGAAAUCGAUCGCCGUACUCAGGAUGAUAUCUACCCGUCCCUUGAUGAGAUGGCACGCACAGCUCUGAAGGCGCUGAGUGAUGCCACGAGAGAUAGCGAGAAAGGAUUUUUCCUCAUGAUUGAGGGAAGCCGAAUCGACCAUGCUGGCCAUGGCAACGAUCCAGCUGCCCAGGUCCACGAAGUGCUUGCUUAUGACAAAGCGUUCACCAGUGUCUUGGAGUUCCUGGAAGAUGGUGUCGAGGGCGUUGUUGUUAGCACUAGCGACCAUGAGACUGGCGGACUCGCUACCGCAAGACAGUUACACGAGACGUACCCUGAAUACCUAUGGUAUCCUGGUGUGCUUGCAAAUGCCUCCCAUUCGUCAGAGUAUCUUGCAAAGGACCUUCGCAGCUACGUAGCGUCAAAGGACGUGAUUGCUCGUGGUGACCUUAAAUCUCACAUUCUCGGCCUGCUCAAGGAUGGGUUCGGCGUUCACGAUGCCAGCGACAGUGAGGUCGAGUCAUUGAUUGCGCAUCCGACGAGUUCAGAUUAUAUUUUUGCCGACAUCAUCAGCCGAAGAGCCCAAAUUGGCUGGACCACUCAUGGCCAUUCUGCUGUCGAUGUGAAUAUCUAUGCUUCGAGCCACGAACACGCGCGGCCUUUGGUCGGCAACCACGAGAACACUGAAGUUGGAGAAUUCAUCCGUGACUAUCUCGGCCUUGAUCUGGAGCCUAUCACCAAGGAACUGCAGGACAAGGGCGUCUUGUACAAUACCUUGGACACGGCUGGUGAAAAUGUGAGCUGGACAGGCAAGCUGCCUGCUGAAGGAGUAUUGCUUGACGAGUGUGACCAUUAUCAUGGAGAUUUCAAGCGUGAUCUUAGCGCACAUGAGCAUAAACAUUAGCAGCUUCGCCUUCAUAUUUUCUCCCAUUGUAUCGCAUACCAGUCCAGCUAUCUUCCCAUUGGUUUCGCUUCAGCGUUCUUCAUUCAUUUUCCGCCCACCAAUCAUCUUCUAGCUUCUCCUUUUUAUCGUUGGCGUAGCGUGUUUGGUUUGUUUCCCUUGUCAUUCUCGAUAACUACAAUAUUUUUCCUUCUGUCGUGCGGCGAAUGGCUUACUUUGUUGCUAAGGUCUCGCGUUAUCGCCACCCAAAGUAAAAAAUUUCAUACACGACAUAAUCGAGCAUAAUGUCGAACACCCCUUUAUUUGAUAAUUUCGACCUAAUAUUCGCUAUGAUAAUUGGAUUUUAGCAUUCCAGUUUCUAGAUUAUGAGAGGCUCGUCCAAUCCUGGGUUUGAGGCGAUGACAUAUAAAAAGCCUCAAGUAAAUCCCUUUUCCCCUGCCGGGUAC